GGCGGCCUCCCCGGGCUCCAACCCUGCGGGGCGGCGGAAGGGCCGCGCCUUCCCCGGCCGACCGGGGUCCGGAGGCCAAACCCUUGGUUCCCAUGGCGACGCCCCGGGUGGCUGCGCCGGCGGGAGGUGCCCGCCACGCGCGCACGCGGUCUCUCGGGGCCUCGGCGGCCUUCUCGGUUCCCUUGGGGACCCCAGCCCCUGCGGCCUCCGUCCCGAACGAGGUCCUGGCCGAGCUCCUCCGGGCUUACUCUGGGCAGAUCGGGCUGGCAGUGGUUUUAGGCUUGCCUGCGUCCCCUCGGGACUGAGGGAGUCCCGCCCACGCUCCCCCCGGGGAGCGAAGGAGCGCCGGGGCCUGAGGCUUGACUGAGUGAUUUCUCUCGAAGGUGGAUGUCGCUUCCAUUAGAAGCAGAUGCUCUCGGGUUUUAGGUGCUUCCCUGCUGACCUCUUUUUUAUCUUGUUAUUUUCCUGUCGUUAUUUUGUAAUGGGAAUGUCUUCUUUAGAAACUAAAUGGUUAGCAAUGGGUAAAAACACAGCCUAAGUAAAGGCGCAGUUUAAGACGAAGUGCGGCCGGCAGGAGCUAACGAGAGUCCCGGCGCACAAAUCUUGCAGCCCGAGGCCUUUAUCCCAGCGCCACGGACCGAUCCUAGGCGGUCAUGGAAACUCGGAUCACCUGUCACUCCAUGGAUUUUUUUGGGCAGCACAGACCAGAAGAUAACCAGUCAGUAGUUAGUAGAAUGCAGAAGAAAUACUGGAAAACCAAACAGGUCUUCAUCAAAGCAACCGGAAAGAAGGAGGAUGAGCAUGUGGUGGCGUCUGAUGCUGAACUGGAUGCUAAACUUGAGGUUUUUCACUCCAUUCAAGAGACAUGUACUGAACUUCUGAAGAUAGUUGAGAAAUAUCAGCUAAGACUCAAUGUUAUAUCGGAGGAAGAAAACGAACUAGGGCUCUUUUUAAAGUUCCAAGCAGAACGGGAUACAACGCAGGCUGGCAAAAUGAUGGAUGCCACUGGCAAGGCACUCUGUUCUUCAGCCAAGCAAAGAUUGGCUCUGUAUACUCCCCUGUCUCGCCUUCAGCAAGAAGUAGCAACAUUCAGCCAAAGGGCGGUAUCUGAUACCUUGACGACAAUUAAUCGGAUGGAGCAGGCACGCACAGAAUACAGAGGAGCCCUGCUGUGGAUGAAAGACGUAUCCCAAGAACUGGACCCAGACACCUUAAAACAAGUGGAAAAGUUCCGAAAAGUACAGAUUCAAGUGAGAAAUAGCAAAACUUCUUUUGACAAGUUAAAGAUGGAUGUUUGUCAGAAAGUGGAUUUACUUGGAGCUAGUCGCUGCAAUAUGUUGUCUCACUCACUCGCUACCUACCAGAGAACACUGCUUGGAUUCUGGGAGAAAACAGCUCGAAUGAUGUCGCAGAUCCCCGGGCCCUGUCUAGGCCUUCAUCCAUACGCCUUUGUAGCUCUCAAGCAACUACAAGACUCUCCAAUGAUGCUUACUGAAGACCACAGGGAGGGACGAAGAGAAGACAGUUCUCUCCCUGAAAACCUCAGUAGGUUAGUUUUGUCGGAUGAGGAAGUGAACUUGGGAAGUGAACCAGCAACUGAAGAUCACAAGGAAAAAGAUUCUCGAAUCAAAGAAUUUGUAGCACCUCAGUUUUCUGACUCUGAAAAUGUUGCAAAAGAUUUGCCAGUAGAUUCACUGGAAGAUGAUUUUGAGAAGGAAUUCUCGUUUCUGAACAGCCUCCUAAGUCCUGGCUGCUGGGGUGCUGGUGAAGCUUCCCAGGAAUGCCAGGCUGUCUUUGGAAGCCCCAAGGCCAGUCUCACGUGCCAGGAGCCUUCUGGGGGGUCCCAGCCUCUUGCUCACUCGGCAGGAUUCCUCCCUUCGCAGCUCUUUGACCUUGGCCUUCAUGCUGCUGGAGCUUUCAACAGCUGGGCCUCCUUUGGGGGAUUAGAAUUUCCUCUUUCACACAUUGAUAACCAGCCAGUGCCUUCACAGAGUCCAAAGAAAUUAACAAAAUCUCCCAACAGUGGUAACCAAGACAUGUCAGCCUGGUUCAAUCUAUUUGCAGACUUGGAUCCACUUUCAAACCCAGAUGCUAUUGGACACUCAGAUGAUGAACUUCUUAAUGCUUGACUGAAACUACGAUGCCUCUUGAAUGGCCUUGAGACACCAGUUUUGCAACUUACUGCCUUAGUGGAAAGGAGUUUAUGUUGUCACUCACAUACGAAGACAUUGUGUUUGCAAAUUUAACACUUGACAGCCAACUUUAGACAGAUGGUUUCUGUAAGCACUGGAACGUGGAAAGCUAUCAGUUACCUGCCUUUAUUAUGAUUUCAGCUCAACACCCUUGACUGUAUUAUACCUUACAAGGUAAAAUGAAUUUCAUGGGAUCAUUUUCCCUGAUCAGCAACUUG